CACCGCCCAGCGGAGAGUGGCGGUUUACUUGAGGUUGUUACCUUAGUACCGGAGCAGUUUUGAGCCUGUGUCUAGCAGCUGACCGAUACCUGUGCAGUGCCAUCAGCAAGAGUGAGCUUCCGGUGCCUCAGAAGCAAUCUCCCAUCUGGCCCGGGACUCCACUUCCCCCAGGAGUCACAGAUGCCAGGAGGCAUGGCGCCUCUCAAGAAGCCUCCAAAUUCCACAAGGUUGCCCCUGGCCUUAAACCCCCAGAAGAGCAAGGACGUGCUGGCAGUGCUGGCUGAGAGGAACCAGACCAUAGUACCAGUAGGGGCCUGGGUGGAACCUGCUUCACCAGAUAGUUCCGAAAUCCCAGCCUAUACUUCAGCAUGCAUCAUUGAAGAAGAACUGAAGGAACAGCAAAGAAAAAAGCAAGAAGCUUUGAAGCGUUUUCAGAGACAAGUCAAAUGCAGAGUAAAUCAACAAAUUAGGCUGAGAAAAAAGCAGCAGCUUCAGAAGUCCUAUGAGGCAGCAGAAAAAGAAGGCUGUAUAGCCAUGCAGUCUUCAAAUACAGCACACUUCACUUCUAAAAGGACAAGUGUUUUUCCUAAAAAUUUGAAUGCUGCUGUUGGAAGUCCUAGGUUACCUCGUUCCCAGCUGCUUGGGGAUGGAAUAGAAGAUGGUGAGAAUGAGAAUGAAUUAUUCCAACAACAAGCUCAGGCACUUAGUCAAACCAUGAAACUGGCACGUCAAAGGCUGGCAUCCUUUAAAACUGUGACUAAAGAAAAGGCAUCAGUGUUUACAGAUGAUAAAAGGAAAAGCAGUCUCACUCAAGAGAAAGCACUUUCUAGGAAACCAGCAUUCAUCAGGAUAAAUAUAGGAAGAGGAGAGUUCUCUCUUAAGGGCCAUCAAGAUCUUUUAACUACUGUACAUUAUGAGAACUGUAUGGAAGAUCAGGAACUUGACUAUGAGGAAAUUUCAUCUGUUUUAACAAAUGAGGAAGGAGGAGACUUAUUUCAGGGGGAUCAACAGGAUCUCCUUUCUGAAGAAAAUGAUGUGUGUUUCAGUAAAGUUCAGAAAGUAAAAUUCAAAAAUCCCUUAUCUGUUGUAUUGGAAGAGGAAAAGCAAAUGCCAUUAUAUCUUCAGGGCUUUCAACAUAUUCUUCCAGAAGCCCAGGAUCAUCUUCCAGAAGCCCAAUGUGAUCUUCCAGAAUCCCAGAGUGAUUUGACAGAAGUCCACAGUGUUGACUUGGAAGCUCAGAGUGUUGAGCCUAGUGUUCAGGCUGUUGAAUUUCAAGUUCAGCCUGUUGAGCUGGAAUGCCAGACUGUUGAGCUAGAAGGCCAGGAUAUUCAGACAGAUACUCAGGAUAAUAUGUUGAAAGCCCAGAGUGUUGAGCUAGAAGACGAGAGUACUGAGUUGGAAGCCCAGAAUUUUUUACCCCCAAACCAGGCUUUUCUACCCAAAGACCAGAACACUCUACCUGGAUAUCAGGACCAAGAUUUUGUACAUGAAGAAGACAAAGAUAUACUACCUAACGAUCAUAAUGUUCUACCUAACUGUCAGGACCAGAAUUUUCUGCCUAAAGACAAAGAUCUUCUACCCAAAAAGCUGUGUGUUCUCCCCAAAGACCAGAAUAUUCUCAAAUGUCAGAACCAGGAUUUUCUGCCCAAAGACCGAAGUGUUUUCUCCAAGGGUCAGGAUAUUUUACACAAAUGUCCAGACAAAGAUUUUCUACCCAGAGACCAAUGUGUUCUCCCCAAAGAACAGACUGUUUUACCUAACUAUCAGGACCAGAACUUUCUACCUAAAGACCAGAAUUUUCCAUUCAGAGACCAGCAUGUUCUCCCCAAUAACCAGAAUAUUCCAUCCAAUUAUCAGGACCAGGAUUUUCUCCUUGAAGACCAGAAUACUUUACCCAAAGGUCAGAAGCAGGAAUUUCUGCCCAAAUACCAGAAAGUACGCUUUAAGGAGCCAUACUCUGAUAGGACAAAUGGGAAAGGGAGAGAAGACUUUUCUCUGGUGGACUAUCAGUAUCAGUCUCCUAAACUGCAAAUCCAGGACUUCAUCAGAGAUCAGAACAUGUUUCCCAAACAACCCUCAUAUUUUAUGAGAGAAGAGAAGGUGAGAGAGGAGCUGCCUCUUGGGUAUCAUCAGCAUGUUCCACCUAAAGUUCAGCAACAAGCCUCCCCUAGAGAACAGAACAAGUAUAUCAAACAACCCUCAUCUUUUGAGAAAUGGGAGAUUGCAAGAGAAAUUGUUUCAGGAGUGCCUUUGAGCUUAUCCUUCAGGCAGCAGCCGUCUGUUGCGUCAGCUGAAAGAUGGCGAGAGGAUUUACCACUAGAUAGCCAUCAGCAUCUUCCAUCCAGGACCCAGAGAGAUGCUUCUAGCAGACGACAGGUUUAUGAUCAAUCAAGAUCGAGCACUGAAUUCCGGGCUCCCCUGGCAUUUCAGUGUGGAGUAGAUCAAGAAAAAGACAAGAAAGAACGUCAAAAGCAGUACCUGAGACAUAGACGACUUUUCAUGGAUAUUGAGAGAGAACAAGUUAAACAACAACAAAGGCAAAAAGAACAAAAGAAGAAAAUUGAAAAAAUUAAGAAAAAGAAAGAGCAAGAAAGUUAUGCUGAAGAGCAGAGGAUCCUAAGAUUGAACCUUCACAAAGAACCAUGUUCAGGGGAAAAGAUGAGUGAGCUACUAGCCCAGUUACAACUUGAAGAAAUAAAAGGAGCCAGAGAAAAGCAGCAACAGAGAGAAAAGGAAUAUUUAAGAUACGUGGAAGCUUUACGAGCCCAGAUCCAGGAGAAAAUGCGGCUAUAUAAUAUUACUUUACCUCCACUAUGCUGUUGUGGUCCUGAUUUUUGGGAUGCUCAUCCUGAUACCUGUGCCAACAAUUGUAUCUUCUAUAAAAACCACAGAGCAUAUAAUCGGGCACUACAUUCAGUCAUCAAUUCCUGUGAUAUCUCCGAGGGAAACUCAACUCUUCGAAUUGCCAUUCAUAAUUUUGCUUCUGCUCACAGACGGACUUUGAAAAAUCUGUAGUAAGAAUCUGAAAUCAACUCAUUAUAUUUGAGCCUUCAUUUAAAAUCAACCCUGAGAGAUUGUUUAGGAAAAGCUUUAAAAUGUGUAGGAUGUAUAAUCUGAGGAGAAAUACUCUUCUGUAAAAUAAUUUUCUCUUUAAUUAGAUCAGAGGUUGUUUCAAUCUCUGCCUCACGAAUGCUUGUUAUAUAAGAAGUGUAAGUUGACUUGCAAGCUUGCCUCUUCUUUAUGAACUGUGUAGAGCUUAUUAUUUUAAAAAUGAUCAGACAAAUAAGUUCUUUUACUUUGCUCUGAUCAGAAGAAGCCAUGAGAAAUCUUUGAGAUUAUUUCAUUGAUCAUCUUUCUAAAAUUGUGUGUUUGAAUCUUGACAAUAUUGAGAAUGCCUGGAUAAAGUAGAAAAGAAAGUGAUGAAAUGAAUUUCUGAGCAUCAGUGGCCAUCUGUAUUGCCAUUAGCUUUUCUUGUUGCAAAACCACUAGAGGUGAGAAGAAUCUGAAUUGGAUGCACAACUUCAUCGCAAAAUUUUCUCUUUCCAUUUUUUAAAAAAUUUAUCACCUCUUUCCCCAUUCAGUGACAUUGAACACAGAGCUUUUUAGUUGUAUAAUUUUUAUUACAAACAUAAAGGCAAAUAAAUCUCUGUCUUUUGAAUAUCUUCUAUGUGAAAUAACUGGGAAUGAGAUUUCAAAAAAGUGAAUCUGAAUUUAAAGCGAGCAAAGUCCUGCCUUGUUUCCCUAUCGUAAAAAAAAAAUCUAGUGAGGCAAAUGUUUAACCUAACAGUUAAGGAACCCAGGCCCUACAUCGGAAUACCAGGGUUCAAUUCCUAGCUCUCAUUCCUAACUCCAGCUUCCUGAUGCAGACCUUGAGAGGCAGCAAUGAUGGCUCAAGCAAUUGGAUUCUUGCUACCCAUAUGGAAGAUCUAGAUUGAGUUCCCCACUUCCAGUGGCAACUCAAACAAGCCCUGGCUGCUUUGGAUGUUUGGGAAGUGAACCAGUGGAUAGGAACGAUCUCUCUCUCCCGCUCUCCCUCUCUUCCUCUCAAAUAGCUAAAUAAAUGUUUAAAAUCUGAUGAAUAACAUGCCUACAGAGCAAAAUUGCUGUGGUUUGUAUGAAUGUGUUACUUUUACACAGUGUUCCCUAACACAAAAUAUGAAAAGGUUUAAUAUUAGGAAUUAAGGACACAUACUGACAGUUUUCUUUUUCCUACUUUCCAUAAUGUACAGUGCUGAAGGAGCACUUAGGUUAUGUCCCAAAAAUGCUUCAAUGUCUAGCCAGGUAAUUACCUAUUGACUGGUUAUUUAAACAGAUUGAUUUUCUAGUUCAGU